AUGGCUGGAAAGGGAUCAAAAGGGUUCGCUUUGUUUCAAAUCAAUAGUCAAGAUGUAUGGGAUGCGGACGAUCGGGAAUAUCUCAACAUAAUAUCACCCAAAGUUGUGCAAAAAACAGCACAAAAAGUUCUAGACAUGCACAGACAAGAGUCGGCUAUCGCUGAAAAUCAGGAUGACAGACAAAGAAAUAUUGAAUCUCUUGAUAUUAAAGAUUCACUCGUACUCCCAUAUGACAAAUCCCCGAAACAUGCUCCUGGUAUGGGUGUGAGAUUGAGAGCAAGUCCUGAUGAUUUUCCUGUUGCUCAUCGAAAGCUGUUAGAUCAAGGUCGAACCCAACGUUUCAACACGUGUAUCAACUCAAGUAUAACAGAUUUAGUCGUAUUGCGUCAACUGUCUUGGUCUGGAAUUCCAGGAGAACUUCGACCAACAGUAUGGAAAUUGUUAUGUGAUUAUCUUCCAACUAGUCUUGAACGACGUGUCACUGUACUAGCGGAUAAACGUAAACAAUAUACACUUUUGUUAGUCAGUAUUUCAUUUACGUGA